GUUGGUGUCGAGGGUCAAAAGACCUUCGGUCAAUGCUUUCCAUCAAAAAAGCUGUAUUUUUGAUGGACACUGUGGUGUCCAGAGUAACUCGUAUGGAGGUAGAGGCGAUAGGCGUUAUUUUCUUUGUUUUUAAUAUGUUAUCAUUUCGAUUAAGAAGAACCGAACCUAGUAUGAACACUAGACCAAGAAUCUAGAACAGUCCAACUGUUCUUUCAUUCUGACACACAAAAACGAGAGUGAAGACACAGACAACAGUCAGAACACUAUUAAAACAGGCAGACAGCCUCGGUUAACAUGGCUUCCUCAAGGUCGGUCCCCACUCCAAAGCAAAGUUCUUCUCUUUUCACACUGAGCUUCCAACAAGAAGAAAGGUAAAAUGCCCUUGAAACUCAUUACUUUCUUCGGUACACAAAUCACACUUUCACACUUCACUCACUGCUAGAACCUCUUCAUUUCCAUGGCUUCUUCGCUUUUCAUUUACUGCAUUUUCUUCGCUUCUAUUUCUUUCCCUAGAAUUUCUGCUAUAAAUUCUGAAGGAAAAGCUUUACUUUCUUUGUUCAACAACUCAAGCUGGAAUUCAUCAAACUCAACUCCUUGUUACUGGUUAGGUAUUCAAUGUGGCAGCAAACACCAUGUAAUUUCUUUAAAUUUAUCUAACUAUGCCAUUUCGGGUCAACUAGGACCAGAAAUCGGACACCUUCGAUACAUUGAAACCAUUGAUUUGAGUCUCAAUUUUCUAUCCGGUAGAAUUCCAAAUGAGUUAGGAAAUUGUAGUAAUCUUCAGUACUUGGAUAUAUCUUCAAAUGGUUUUACUGGUGAAGUUCCUGAAAGUUUGAGGAAUUUGAAUCAAUUGAGUUACUUUUCGCUUGUUGAUAACACUUUUGGUGGUGUGUUACCUGAAUUUCUGUUUCAUAUUCAAAAUCUGCAGUAUCUUUAUCUGGAUUCAAAUAACUUUACGGGUUUGAUCCCAGAUAGUGUAGGAAAAGCUGCUGAGUUGAUAUCUUUGUGGUUAGGUUAUAACCAAGUAUCUGGAAUGAUUCCUUAUUCAAUAGGGGAGUGUACCAAACUAGAAGAGAUUGUUUUGAAUGAUAAUCGGUUGGUGGGGUUUUUACCUGAUAGUUUGAGUAGACUUGAAAAUUUAACUUAUAUGGAUGUGAGUAACAAUAACUUAGAAGGUAGGAUUCCUUUGGGAUUGGGUAAUUGCAAAAAUCUUAAUCAGUUGAUUCUGUCUUCUAAUAGUUUAUCCGGAGAAAUUCCGUCUAGUUUAGGGAACUGUAGUAGACUUACAGUUUUUGCUGCUGUGGACAAUAUGUUAACUGGUCAUAUUCCAUCUUCCCUUGGCUUGUUAAGUGAGCUUUCUCUUCUUUACCUCAAUGAAGAUCAUUUAUCUGGUAAAAUUCCGCCUGAGAUAGGUAACUGUACAUCCUUGACAAGUUUAUUUUUGGAUAUGAAUCAGCUUGAAGGUGAAAUUCCAGCUGAACUAGGAUUCUUGAUUAACCUUAAAACCCUUCAGUUGUUUACUAAUAAUCUGAGUGGCGAGCUACCUUUAGGCAUUUGGAAAAUCCCAACACUUGAAAAUAUUUUUGUUUAUAACAAUAGUCUUUCUGGUGAGUUACCUUUGGAGAUCACUGAACUGCAUCAUUUAAAAAAUAUUUCUCUCUUCGAUAACCAGUUCUCUGGAGUCAUACCACAAACAUUGGGUAUUAAUAGUAGUCUAGUUGAGGUCGAACUCACUAACAAUAAGUUUUUCGGUGAAAUACCAACACAUAUCUGUUUCGGAAAACAAUUAAGACUUCUUAAUCUGGGUCUGAAUCAAUUUGAAGGCACUAUACCUUCAGGCGUUGGAAGCUGCUCGACUUUGAGAAGAUUGAUUCUUAAGCAAAACAAGCUUACUGGUCUCAUCCCAGACUUUGAGAAAAACCAUAACCUGUCAUAUAUAGACAUAAGUGGGAACCUCAUUAAUGGAACGAUCCCGCCAAGCUUCGGAAACUGCGUCAAUCUUACUUCUAUUAACUUGUCUAUGAAUAAGCUUACAGGGUUUAUACCCCAGGAGGUUGGGAAUCUUGUCGAAUUGCAGCAGUUGUAUCUAUCGGAUAAUUAUUUGGAAGGUCCUUUGCCUCAAGAAAUUACCAAGUGUGUAAAUUUGGAUUUACUCGAUGUAGGAUUUAAUUCAUUAAAUGGUUCAAUCCCAUCAAGUUUCCAGAGCUUAAGACAAUUGACCACCUUGUUAGUGAGUGAAAAUCAGUUCACUGGUGGUAUUCCAGAUUUCUUGCAAGGACUUGGAAAGCUUUCAGAGCUUCAGUUUGGCGGUAAUAAAUUUGGCGGUUCUAUUCCGUCCUCACUGGGGGAUUUGUACAGCCUAGAGUAUGCUUUGAAUCUCAGCGAUAAUGGGCUAAUAGGUGAGAUACCCAUGGAGUUGGUAAAAUUGAGUAUGCUACAGAGGUUGGAUUUGUCUCUCAACAAUUUAACGGGAAGCCUGUCACUGCUUGGUAAACUUCAUUCGUUAAUUGAGGUGAAUGUUUCGUAUAAUCAAUUCACUGGCCCGGUUCCUGAAACAUUGUUGAAAUUACCAAACUCUUCUUCAUCUUCAUUUCUGGGAAAUGCAGGUCUUUGUGUUUCUUGUCAUCCUGAUAAUGGCUUUGGUUGCAUGAAGUUCAUAAAUUUCAGUGUUUGUGACCAGCGAUCAAACCAUGAAGGCCUCAGUAGAAUAAAGAUUGUGCUAAUAGCUCUUGCUGCUCUGUUAACCUGUGUCCUAGUGGUUCUCAUCUUAGCAUUUGUAUUUAUGGGACAUAGAUAUCCAGAAAAGAAAAUUGAUAUGUUGGAGGGUGAGGGGGCAUCAUCCCUGCUGAACAAGGUGAUGGUCGCAACUGAAAAUUUAAAUGAGAGAUUUAUCAUUGGCAGAGGUGCUCAUGGAAUUGUAUUCAAGGCGUCAUUGAGUGUGGAUGAAGUGUACGCGCUAAAGAAGCUUGAAUUUAUAGAGAACAAAGGAGCAAGUGUAAGUAUGAUUAGAGAAAUUAAAACUGUUGGGGAGAUCAGACAUAGAAAUCUUGUUAGGUUGGAAGAUUUCUGGUUAAGAAAGGACUAUGGGCUGAUCUUGUACAAGUACAUGCAGAAUGGCAGUCUUCAUGAUGUUCUGCAUGAAAUUAGUCCACAACCUGUUCUUGAUUGGGAUGUUCGUUAUAAAAUAGCUUUGGGGACAGCUCACGGUAUAGAAUAUCUCCACUAUGACUGUAAUCCCACUAUUGUGCAUCGAGAUAUUAAACCUAAGAACAUACUCUUGGACUCGGAUAUGGAGCCACGUAUAUCCGAUUUUGGUAUUGCGAAGCUCAUCGAUCACUCUUCUGCCUCUGUUCAUUCUAUCUCAGUCGUGGGUACUGUUGGAUAUAUUCCACCAGAAACCGCGUUUACAACAACUACAACGAUGGCGAUGAUGAAGAAAUGGGAUGUAUACAGUUUUGGGGUGGUUCUGCUUGAACUGAUAACCAGAAAGAAAGCAUUGGAUCCUUCAUUACCAGAUGACACCGGCAUAGCUAAGUGGGUUAGUUCCAGAUGGAGCAGUAAGGAUGCCAUCGAGGAGAUUGUUGAUCCAAGUCUGAUUGAUGAAAUUAUGUAUACAGCAGCAAGGGAAGAAGUGAUGAAAGUAAUGUCAGUGGCUUUACAAUGUACAUUAAAGGAUCCAGUUGAAAGACCCACAAUGAGAGGUGUGGUAAAGCUUCUUAAAGAUGGCAAGGACAAUUUGAGAUCCAAAUCUAGCAAAUAAGUUUUGCAAUUUAUUUGUAUGGGUCAGUCUUUAGAUUUGACUAGUUCAAGUCUAAAGCUGUAAUAUAAGCCAUUUAACCUGUGACAGAAGUUGAUUGAGAAGAUGAGCCUCUUCAAAUUGCUCAGUUUGAAAAUAAGUAAAUGCUGAUCGUACAGGUGUCUGGCCCGAGAGUACUGGCAAAAUUCCCUUCACUUUUGUGUCUUUGUGUUUAGAGGUUUUGGUGCGGUUCUUCCUUAAAUUUGUGUCUUCUCUUUAGUUGCACUAGUCAGCUUUAUUGCAACGCAGUUCAAACGAAAUAAAAUAUUAGUAGAAAGAGUUCCAAACAUCAGGGGCAUUACACCGGAAAUAUUGAAGAAAUAUCAUGAGGCGGAGCUCUGAUAAAUUCUGCGUCCAGUCAGCUGAUCCGAACCCCAGCUUGUUCCAACAGAGUAAAAGAAUUGAUGUUUUUUGCUCAAGUGAUGUAAUCUCACACGAUCAUCAGGAAAUCAUUGGUUGAAGCAGCAGAUAUUUGUGAAAUGUGAGCUGAUGUUUUUAAUACAUUCGGAUUUAACCAAAAAAUGCUUCCGGCUUCCGCAGUGUAAAGAACUUCAUUUGGGAGUAUGCCAAAGUGGUAGUUUUUGUUUCCAUAUAAGCCUUUUUCUUUUCUUUUUUUGGAAGCAUGGAAUUUAUUAAAUUAGACUGAAAUUA